CUUUACCACGUGACUGGGUGGGCGUAUUUAAGCCCCUGGCGCGAGAUCUGCACGGAAGAGAAUAGGCAUCCACAGUAAGGAACAGCCCUUCGGCCACGGUAUCUUGAAAGAAAAUGAGUGUCGGUGGAAAGCUAAAACACAGCCACCAGAGGUCUAAUGAGAAUAUAAAGACCUUUUUCACACCAUCUCAAAAGGUAAUGGGACCCCCCAGGCAAACCCUGCAGGUCCUCCAACUCUCAGCUACCAACAAAGAUAUGGGGAGGUCAGCUCAGGUAGGGAAGGUCAUUCCCAAACGUAAACAGUGGAGCGCUGAACAAACUAGAGGCCCAAAGAGGGUGAAGGUUGAAGUCAAAUCCACUCAAACAGAAGAAACUCAAUGUUUGACGGAUGGCAUUUCAACUGACGCAUAUGAACUUAUGGUCAAAGAAACACCUCCUUCCACCUACUGGAAAGAAGUAGCCGAGGAGCGACGGAAGGCCUUGUACAAUGUUCUACAGGAGAAUGAGAAGUUGCACAAAGACAUCGAGGCCAAAGAUGAACAGAUAACAAAACUUAAGAGUGAAAAUGAAGAGUUGCAAGAGCUUGCACAGCAUGUACAAUACAUGGCUGAUAUGAUUGAGAGGCUGACUGGGAAGUGCCCAGACAAUCUGGAGGAACUCAAAGACAUUGCCCUUGAUGUGGAUGAGCAUGAUGGUGAGGUGGCAGGUCAGAGUCAGGAAGAAGACUCUGAUUACAGUGAGAGUGAUGCAGAGGAAGAUGAGAUCUCACACCAUGAACAAGCAGGUGCCUCUGGAGACUGGGAUUAACUGACAACUCUUGCAUGUCAUGGGACUUUGGUUGUCUUAUACAGGUCAGUAGAUUUUAGCCAGAGUGUACUUUGGCAGCAAAAAGUGAUCAUCUCUUUGAAGAGAUGAUUAAAGUUAUGUUCCUUCUUGAAAGGUGAUACAUUUUAAAACUUGAACAGACAGAAACUGAUUUAUUUUAUUUUAUUUUUUUUUAUAAUACAAUGUUUCAGUUUUUGCUAAACUUAUCAAUUCUUGGUCAAGAGAAAUGUGCAAAACUAAACCUGUAUAGAUCAUUUUUAUGGAAGACAUUUUGACAAGACUGUAGUGAAAGCAGAGGUGAAAUGUCAUGACCUCAGUUGACAACAUUGAAGACAGGAUGCAGGUUCCACCAGAACCACUGUAAUUUUGACUUUCACUCCCACUAGAUGAUGGUUGCAGGGCUCGGUGUCCUCUGUACAUACCCAACCAUUCCCUGACUGUGCAGAGGUCAGUGUUGUUUCAGUUGAUUUGGGUUAAGGAAAAACUGAAUACAUCAGGAUGAUGGUUAGUAUUCACUGUCUGUCACCAAGAAGGUGGUUGCUAUUCUGCAGCAUGCCAAAUUUUCUUGCAUCAUUCUCGUUAGCCCUCUUGAAAGUCAGGAACCAAUCAAUGACAACUGUGAUGGUUUCCUUUGCUUUUCCUACUCUAAAAGUCAAAAUGUCUUUUGUGAAAAGGCCUAUUGAGGCAAUUGUACUCCAUUCACUUAGGUGUAGCCUACUUAAAGCAUGGCCUUCAAGAGUGUUUUUUUUUUUUUUUUUUUUAAAUUAAAUUUACUGUAAAAAAUGUACAAUGUUGUAUUACAGCUGUGUGUAUAUAAAGCCUCUGUAAAAUAAACCCCUCUUUUUUUAAACAAAGUAUUUUGUGACUUAAGUUCAUAGUUUAGGGCAUAUGAAUCUUGUAACUGCGUGAAAUGUUGGAAGCUAGAUGUGUUGACGUGAGGGUGACUUGUGUAACCAGCAACUAUAGUACUGUUAUUGGUAAACAAACCUGGCAGAUGGACUCUGCUGCUGUCAAGCCAAAAACAUUCACUGAGGUGUUGGGAUUGUUUUCAUGAGGCUGAUCUUUUUACAUGUUUCAACUUUAAACAGACUGCUGCUUUUGCCACAUUAAAUAUUCUGCUCAUGGCAGUUGAUGGAGCUCUAACUGGGUUAUCUUAUUGCACUAGUAAAAAUGAUAGCAUUUUAAAGAAAAGGCUUUUUGCACUAAAGUUUAAAAUCAAUUUUUGUCACCAUCGAUACCACUUAUUUUCCUUAUGUUAAGGUAUUGUUCAGUGUUGAAUAUGUGCUGUUUUCAGUCAGUUGUGGUGUGUUUUUUAAUAAUUGCCUCUAAGGAAGCAAUCAGCUGAGGCCUGUACUAGGAUGCAGGAUUUGGGGCUAGGGAGGUAACUUCAGGUUUAAUUCUCCGUUUUUAGGGUUAUGACAGUGGUUCACGUCUUACCUGGGUAAAUCACCAUGGUAGGUUUUGCUGAACUCCUUCUCUGGAGCAGGUUAACUUCAGAGGAUCAGAUCAAAACUGGUCCACAGUCCAGUGGACAGAUUACUGGAAAACAGCAUGGCUUUUACUGUUCAUGUAUGCCACAAAUGGUUUUUGUCAACAAAGACGGUGCUGACAAAUGAAAACAUUGGUCUUGACAGACAUUUGAGACUUAAGAAAUUCACAAUUUUAUUUUAAUUAUGCAAAAAUAAAAUUUAUUGCAACUUUUGAUGAGCAGAAGAAACACUGCUAACCACAAUGGAGAAGAGUAGUAUGCAACUAAAUGGAUGAGCACUGAAGCUAUUGACCACAGAGAUGGAUGAAGUUCAAUUUUAGCAAAAGUGUACCGAGUUAUUCUUAAAAUCAGACUAUAUCAUUAAACGUGCACAUUUUGCCAACAUGUACUUUGUGGUGAUAAGGAAUUGAACAGUCAAACACUGGUCAACUGCGAGUUUGUACAAAGAAAAAAAAAAAUAGACACUGACUGGGUGAAUCAGAUACUAGACCAAAAUACUGCAACUGUACUUAAAAUGUGGACCAUGUUUUGCAAAAGGUAUAGGAAAAAAAAAAAAAAAACUUUAAA